AUGCCCCGCGCAAAGAAAUCCACCGGCGCAGCAGCCUCAAAAUCGCCAGCCGACAUCCUCUCCACUCUCCAAAUCCUGCAAGAAUCGCACGAACUCAGCAUUAUCAGGCUCUCGGAGCCCAUCACUGCCUCCGACCCGGCCGCGAUCCCAGCUGGCAACCAGCCGCGCACCUCGGACGUGUCCAACAGCUCGCUCAACGCGCCGACGCCCGCGAGUCUCGAGGCGGACCUGACGCACUACCGCGAACUGUUUGCCAAGCUGCGCUUCAGCUACGUCGAGCAGGUCACCAAGGAAAAGUUCAUCCGCGCCAUUGUCGGCGACCCGCCGCUCAUUGUGAGCCCGCAAGAGAAUGUCGAGCUCGAGAACCUCAACGCCGAGGCCAAGGCUGUACUCAAGGCCCUCAAGAUUGAGGUCGCGGAUACCGUCAAGGAGCUGGAGAGGCGUGGUGCUGAGCUCGCGAGGCGGUACGAGGGCGUCAAGCUGGAGACGGCUCGGCUUGAGGAACUACCGGACAAGAUCAAGGGAUUGGAGGAGAGAGUUGCCGAGUUGAGGAAAGAGAACGAGGGGCGGUUGAAUUCGGAGACCCCAGAACUCAACUUGCCGCUAGCAAGAACGGUUGAUCUUGUGAAUCAGAAAAAGAGGCAAAGGGAAGAGCUAGACCGGCAAUUGGAACAGCUGAAGAGUCAGGUACCCAGAAAAAAGAAGGAGCUGGAACGACUGCAGGCUGAACUGGCACCACUGGAGACAAAGAGAACAAACAGCACAGCGGCAGCCAAGGAGGCCAAGAGAAGGAAAGAGGCCGCGCUUGGUGGCGUUGAAGACGACUUGGAAGAGAGAGGUCGGUGGUACCGCGCUGCAGAGACUAGUCUCAAGCAAAUGCUAGAGAUAUGA